AUGAGUGAAGAUAUUCUCAAGGUUAAACAAGAAAUAAAAGAUUGGGAGCAUGCGUUCCAAUCGAAGCAUGGUAGACUACCCUCGAGGCUGGAUGUCCGCAACAAUCCCAAAAUCAAAGCAUUGUACUCCAAGUACAGAUCCUGCAAGCUGAACAAGCAGGCUCCCGCAACUAAAGAAAAACUUACAGUUCAAGAGGAUGUCGAUGACAACGAGAACGUGCUUCCAACCCCGAAUGGGGAGCUUGGACCCACUCCUCAGGCAAAUGGAAGAGUAUUAUCAAUAUUCGAUGUCAAAUUGACCCCACCAGAGUCAUCGCCAUUGAGAAGCAAGUCAGCGCACGUCCCUGACGUACUUAGCAGCUUUGACGGGGCCUCUCCUGAAACGACUCCUGUCAAAGCAAAGAGAAGACUAUCAUUCUCGACACCAACAAAAACGUCUACUGGAGCCACACCUACAACGGUUACUAAAACACUUCAACAAACCGUUGAAACACCAAGGUAUCUCAAGUCAAACGUUACUACCCCCACGUUCCGUAAAAAUGCAAUCGAUUUUCUGAUAUCACCUUCCCCGCUAAAACCCAAUCGAUUAAGAAGAAAAUUGAUGGAUGUAUACAAUAUGUCGAUUAUGGAAAUCGAAGAAGAAGAAGAAGAAGCAGCAGUAGAACAUUUUGAGGAUGCAAAGGGAAUGGAAGACGUCGAGGUGGUCACCGCCGAGCUGAACCCUCCUGCGAAAAGGAAAACACAAAAGAGACAAACUAGAAGAUCAAAAAUGGCACCUAGACCAGUUGCCGAAGUGUCUUCUUUGGGUGAGGUUGACGUCCAACAAAGGAUGAUAGAUUUGGAAGAAAAAGAGAGGACUGCUUUGACUACUUAUAUGAAUUCCGAUAGUGAGUCAGAGCCCGAAACAUUGGCGAAUGACCAAGUGCACGGAAGCCCAGUAAAGAAAACCAGAAAACCAAUUGCUCAAAAUUACAAAAGACUCAAGAUCAAUGAUCCACGAUCGCGACGCUUUAAACAGCGAAUGAGAAGAUAG